AUGGAGAAGCACGUCGUCGGAGAUGCACGUUGCCAGAGAUGUGGAAGAGUAUGUAUGGAAAGAUAUUAUAAAAGAAUUGAUCCAAAUUUAUCACAUCCUCCGGCACCGAAAGUAGAUAUUGAUUGCAGUACAAAAAGCCAUUGCAGUACAAAGAGACAUUGCAUCUCAAUUGAUAUGAGUGAUCUUCCUACUGAUCCUGGACUGCGAAUUCCAAUUUCAGAUUAUAGCCUGAAUAUUCAAGAUCAAAUUCGAAGACAUUAUUUGCAGCAAGGGCCUUGUCAACCAAAAAAUCAUAAAUUUCUUCCGAAACUUUUUGGAGGCGUGGAGCGUCGGUUCAACAUUGAAUGGUAUGAUCAAUGUCCUACUUGGUUAGAGUAUAGCAUCGAUAAAAAUUCCGCAUUUUGUCUAUAUUGUUAUCUUUUUAAGCAAAAUAAUGGAAAACAAGGUGGUGGUGAGAUAUUUGUUAGUAAGGGUUUUUCAAAUUGGAAGAAAACAGAAACAUUUGCAAAUCAUGUUGGAAAACAUGAUAGUUCUCAUUACGAAUGUUACAAGAAAUGUGAAGCCUUGAUGAAUGAAAAACAACAAAUUCAACACAUUUUUGUCAAGAAAAACUACAAAGAUCGAAAAAGUUACCGUGUUCGAUUAACUGCAUCAGUUGACAGUAUUCGAUUUCUUCUACGACAAGGUCUUGCAUUUCGUGGUCAUGAUGAGUCUGAAGAUUCUAAUAAUCAAGGUAACUUUCUUGAACUUCUAAAUUUUUUGGCUGAUCAUAAUGAGGAAGUUAGAGCUGUUGCUUUGAAAAAUGCUCCUGAAAACCUUAGAUUGACUUCCCCAAGGAUUCAGAAAGACAUUGUAAAUGCAUGUGCUAUUGAAACAAUUGAUGUUAUUAUUAAAGACAUGGGAGAUGUUGUAUUUUCUAUUUUAGUUGAUGAAUCUCGUGAUGUAUCUAUAAAGGAGCAAAUGGUUGUAAUGUUUCGUUAUGUGGACAAGAGAGGGUAUGUGAUUGAACGAUUCAUAGGCAUUGAACAUGUUCCAAAUACAACAACAAUCUCACUAAAAAUAGCAAUUGAUAAGCUAUUUUCAAAGCAUGGGUUGAGCAUAUCUAGACUACGAGGUCAGGGAUAUGAUGGAGCUAGUAACAUGAGUGGAGAAUUCAAUGGUUUGAAGAGUAUUAUCAUGAAGGAGAAUGAAUGUGCUUUUUUUGUUCACUGUUUUGCUCAUCAGCUUCAAUUAGCACUCAUGGGUGUAGCCAAAAAACAUGAUUUAAUAGGUACUUUUCUCACUGUGGUAUCCAAUGUGGUGAAUAUUGUUGGAGCAUCAUCUAAGCGUCGUGACAUUCUUCGAGAAAAAAAGCUCAGAAGUCAUUGA